GGCCGCUGCCGCCGCAUCCUCAAAAGGGGCCCUCGGACUCCUCGCCGGGGCAGUGCGGCACUGGGUCGCGGAGCCCCGCACAACUCGGGCUGGCCCCCGAACGGCGAGCCCUUCCUGCCAGAGUUGCGGACAACUUUCCCCUGCUCUUGGGUGCCGCGGUGGCGCGGUGGCUCGGUGGCGCGGUGGCUCCCGGACAGUGCCCGCCGCAGGUUCCUGAACCCAGCGCUCCGCUCGCUGCGCCUCCGCUGGGCGCUGCGGCGGGUCGCUCCCCGCCCCCCGCGUGCACGUGGGGUGUCCCUGCCCUGCGUCCUGCGGGCGAGAUGCCCCUGUCACACAUCAUGACCCAGGAUCUGGAGAAAAUUGCCGUGAAUUACAUCGUGCCCUGCCUGCACGAGGUGGGCUUCUGCUACCUGGACAACUUCCUGGGCGAGGUGGUGGGCAACUGCGUGCUGGAGCGCGUGAAGCAGCUGCACCGCGAAGGGGCCCUGCGGGACGGCCAGCUGGCCGGGCCGCGCGCCGGCGUCUCCAAGCGGCACCUGCGCGGCGACCAGAUCACGUGGAUCGGGGGCAACGAGAAGGGCUGCGAGGCCAUCAGCUUCCUCCUGUCCCUCAUCGACAGGCUGGUCCUGUACUGCGGAAGCCGCCUGGGCAAAUACUACGUCAAGGAGAGGUCCAAGGCGAUGGUGGCAUGCUAUCCAGGAAAUGGAACAGGUUAUGUUCGCCACGUGGACAAUCCCAAUGGUGACGGCCGCUGUAUCACCUGCAUCUACUACCUGAACAAGAACUGGGAUGCCAAGCUACAUGGUGGGAUCCUGAGGAUAUUUCCAGAAGGGAAAUCGUUCGUAGCAGAUGUGGAGCCCAUCUUCGAUAGACUGCUGUUCUUCUGGUCGGACCGCAGGAAUCCACAUGAGGUGCAGCCUUCCUACGCCACCAGAUACGCCAUGACUGUUUGGUACUUUGACGCUGAAGAAAGGGCAGAAGCCAAAAAGAAAUUCAGGAAUUUAACUAGGAAGAGCGAGACUGAGCUCACUGAAGAUUGACCAUGCUGUGACAUCCGCUGGCCUCGUUCACUUUAGUUACAGUUCCCGAAUUUUCUUUAAGCAUUGACACCCAAAGAUGACAAGAAAGUCCCCUUGAGUGCUUGUCUCCCUCGUGUCCCUGUCUUGCGUGUGGUACUUGGUGUUCUCUUGCCAACACUGUGUUGACCUGCAGAUACUGUCUCUGCCAGACGAACUCACUCGCUACUCCAGAAAGACCUGCACACGUCCUUGUUGGCCAGCGGGUUAGCUGAUAGGUUUGGUAAAACUGGUUAUUGAAACAAGAACCUAGGAGCACAGGGAUGAAUCUUACUUGCACUUUAUAUACACUUCCUGAUUUGGAAGGAGGAGGUUUGCAAAAAAAAAAAAAAAAAAAAAAAAAAACCAGCAUGGUGACAGAUACCACAGAGAGGCGUUAUUAAAGCCUUAACAGCGGGAAACCAAUCUAUGUCAUCUGAACAAUUUCCAGAUGUUCUUAGUUCAGGGCUGCUGGGGGUUCAGGAGUAUCAUCACGAUCUAAUGGCAUUAUUACCUCUAGAAAGGGCUGCUGUCAUUGUGAUCAACUUACAACUGUCCCAAGGGCUGGACACUCCUUUUUUCGUUCUAGUCCUGCAACCUGGCCUUUUUGCCUCUGUCCCUUUUUUUUUUUUUUUUCUUUUCUGAAAAUAAUGAUCACUGAGGACAGCACCAUUUAUUCUCUAUUUUCACUGCUUACCUGGAGAACCUAAUUCUCCAGGUGCUAAAACUAGAAAUGAGUUCUUUUGGUUGGAAUGGGAAUUUGAAUUUCAAUCAAAAGACAAAAAUCUCCCUGGUAGUUGAGUGUGGACCACCGGGAACAGUGUAGCUACUGACGGACAUGCAAUAGCCGUGUGUCUCUUCAGCAACUGGAGAGGGAAGAUGGAGUGGGAAAUGUCGAUAUUCCCGUGGUUUUUGUUUUUUCAGUUUUCCUUUUUUAUGAGCCCACCCUUACCUGACAAAAUUAACCAGCCUCGGGUGCUGUAUUAGAGAAAGGAAGUGGAAAUAAAAAGAACCUCAGAAAGCUGUUUGAAUUCUUGCACAUUGUCUGUCCUGUCUAGCUUUUCCUCGGCUCCCCUGACGCUGCAGCCCCACUGUGGAUGGCAGUGGGGUGAGCAUCAUGGAAUUUGCUGGAAAUGUGGAAGCUUCUACCACAGCAGCCAGCAGAGAUCCCACUGCCUCAAGACCUCUGUGUUGAGAGUCCAUUUUAUGAAAGUUACACUUCCUACUUUUCAGUUCUACUCUUGUGUUUGUUUAAAAAUCCCAUUUAUUUCUUGCUUGAAAAUCCAUGAACGUCAAGGAGCCAGAAAUAUUUUCAUCAGUCACGUACAGACUUUCCAAGAAAGAAGUUUAUUUUUUUCUUUCCUGGUUUCAGAAAGUUCCCAUUGUUCACUCUUACAGCUGCUGUAUUUUUUCACUGCAGUACUUCUCACCCUCUAACUGACUAUGUAAUUUACUUAUUUAUUUUGUUUAUUGUCUUGUAUCCUUUCUCUUGAGUGUGAGCCCAGUGAAGACAGGGAUUUUGUAUGUUUUUAAUCAAUGCAAUAUAUUCCUAGCACCUAACAUAGUGCCUAGCACACAGUAAGGGCUCAGCAGCUAUUUUGAAUAAAUAUAAUCGCCUAUGCUAGCACUAAUAAUUUGAUUAAUUUCCUUCAUCUUUGGCAAAAAUGCUUGCUAGCUUGUUUCUACUAUUGCUGACAUAACUUAUUUAGGCUAAGAGUUUUUGGAAGCUUGGUCAUGGUGUCAUUUCAUGUUCAUGUACCUAGGAAUAUGUCAUCCAUUGGCCACUGUGAAUCUGAAAAUUGAACAAGUGACAUUUCUGCCCUUCUGUGUCUUGGGACUAUGGGGGUAGCUUAACCGUAGUUUCCGGUAGUACAGUACAUUCCUCCUUUGGCACCAUUUUGGAAAACUGAAACAGAAAAAGAAGGAAAGUUGUUUAUUAUGGAGUGUUGUAUUCUGUUAAUAUGUUUUCAUGAUCACUAAUGUCAUGGGAUUAAUAGUGACAUUAUUCUGAAGAACCAUGAUGUACUUCCAAUUGUGUGUCUGUGUCAUUCAGUGGAGUCAAUAUUUUGACUUGCCAAUAGAUCUGACCUCUUCGACCUUGCUAUGCCUUCCAGACAAACGUCCAUAAACUAAUAAACUAGAUAUCAAAUCAA